ACUCGUUUGCCGCUUCUUUCCGCCGCAGACAGAAAAUGGCUUCCAUUUCCACGAGCUUCUUCUCUCCCUUCGCUGUCGUUCGUCCAAACCUUCGCGAGCCCUCUAAGAGAAAGCCCCCUCGAAACCCUAACCCAAAACCUAAGCUCAAGACCCAAUCCGGUAGGUACAAGUCCCCGUCCGAACCGGUCGCUCUCUCCGCCGGGGAAGCCACUACCUACACUCGCCUCCCUCCCAAGGAGGAUUUCUCUGUCCCCUCAUUGAGUCUUUCUUACGAGGUGAAGCUCUCAGAAUCGGUCAUAAAGAAAGUUGAGAAUGAAUUUGAGGGUUUGAACAGCGAAGAAGAAGAGGACUCCGUGAAGAAUGGUGAUUUAGGGUAUAAAUACGGGAAAUUUGAAAUCUUUGAGGUUAAUUCUGAUUCGGAAUAUGACGAAGGCGACGAUGAUUUUGAAGAAGAAGAAGCAGAAGGGGAAGAAAUAUCGCGGUUUAUGGGUGGCAAAAGAGCGAAUAUGUAUGAAAAGGAUGGUACCUAUAAAGGAAUAGUGAAGGAGCACGGAGUUUCGGCAAAACUCUACGUGGUCGGUGAUGGCGACGACGACGAUGAUGGCAAAAAGUUUGGAUUUGAUAGUGGUGAAUCCGUAGAUUUUUAUGAUAACGAGGGCGAGUCUUUUGAAAAGGGAGAUGCAAUUAAAGAGAAGGGAGUACCGGCGGUCAUGCGGUGUUUUGACCGGGCCAAGAUAUACGUCAAGGCCGGAGAUGGUGGAAAUGGCGUCGUGGCGUUUCGGCGCGAGAAGUACGUACAUGGGGGCCCUUCAGGCGGGGACGGAGGGAGAGGUGGGAAUGUGUAUAUAGAAGUCGACGGGUCGAUGAAUUCCCUACUGCCGUUCCGCAACAGCGUACAUUUUCGGGCUGGGAGGGGGUCUCAUGGGCAGGGGAGGAUGCAGAGUGGGGCCAAGGGAGAGGAUGUGGUGGUCAAGGUGGCGCCUGGAACAGUUAUUAGGGAGGCGGGCAAAGAGGAAGUACUUUUGGAGUUGUUGUAUCCGGGGCAGCGGGGAUUGGUUUUGCCCGGUGGGAGAGGAGGGAGAGGGAAUGCCUCGUUUAAGUCGGGAACGAAUAAGGUGCCUAGGAUUGCUGAGAAUGGUGAAGUUGGUCCGGAAAUGUGGUUGGAUUUGGAGCUAAAGCUAGUUGCAGAUGUUGGAAUAAUAGGUGCACCAAAUGCAGGAAAAAGCACACUUCUGAGCGUGAUAAGUGCCGCACAGCCAAGAAUAGAAAAUUAUCCCUUCACAACUUUACUUCCUAAUCUGGGUGUAGUUUCAUUCGACUAUGAUACAACAAUGGUGGUAGCAGAUCUGCCUGGUUUACUUGAAGGAGCGCACCGGGGUUUUGGUUUAGGCCAUGAAUUUCUACGGCAUACUGAAAGAUGUUCCGCUCUGGUGCAUGUUGUUGAUGGCUCAGGUACGCAGCCAGAACUUGAGUUUGAUGCAGUUCGUCUAGAGCUGGAACUCUUUAAUCCUGAACUUGCUGUAAAGCCUUACAUAGUGGCUUAUAACAAGAUGGACCUUCCAGAUGCAUGCGAAAAGUGGCCAUCAUUUAAGGAAAUGCUGCAAGCUCGUGGGAUUCAACCUUUUUGCAUGAGUGCAGUGAAAAAGGAAGGCACUCAUGAAGUGAUCUGUUCUGCUUACGAGCUGUUACAAAAGAGUAGAGGAGAAAAAAUGGAUUUUGAAGGUCCAAAAGAUCUGGAAAAUUUGAACCAUGUAGCUGAUUUGGUACAUAAACAACGAAGUGCCUCUAUUAAUGAGUUUGAGAUCUUUCAUGACAGCAGCACUAAUACUUGGCAUGUAGUUGGAUCUGGGUUGCAACGUUUUGUCCAGAUGACAAACUGGCGGUACGUGGACUCAGAAAGAAGAUUUCAACAUGUUCUUGAGGCUUGUGGCGUGAACAAAUCUCUUAUAAACCUUGGCGUCAAGGAAGGUGACACAGUGAUUGUUGGAGAGAUGGAGAUGGUUUGGCAUGAGUCCGCCCACGGUUCUGGCCCAUCAAAUGUGAAAAGUGGAUCAGCCACUUCAAUCAAAUGGCCUCAGUGGAAGUAACUCAUCUGUGUUUUGUUGCUGCUAUUCGAUUGUUGGUAAUGCAGUUGAGAAUCAGAGGUUUUGUGCCAGACAAUGGGCAGAUGAUGCUGCAUGCGCACUAUUUUUACUGAUGUGAGGGAUGCGGCACUUGAAAGCAUGCC